AUGUCCGCCGACGCCAAGGCUGCUCCUGCCACGGAGCAGAAGGUGAAGCCCACCAAGCCCAAUGAGGAGACUUUCAAGGCCGAUUUGGCCCAGGCCGAGAAGGAGCACGCCGCUGUGCAGGAGAAGCUGAAUGAAAUCAAGGCCAAGAUCGAGACCGCCAAGCCCAACAACCAGGACUCGCCCACCGCGAAGAGACAGCAGGAACUCCGCGCCGAGCUGUCCUCGAUCCGCCAGAAGCAGUCGGGCUUCAAGGCCGGCCGCUCCAGCACCCAGGAGAAGAUCAACGCCCUGGACGCCACGCUCAAGGCCCGCAUUUCCGAGCAAAACAACUCGCGUGGUCGCAUGUCGUUCAAGAACGUCGAGGAGCUGGACAAGGAAAUCGCCCGUCUCGAGAAGCAGGUCGACUCCGGCACGCUGCGCCUGGUCGAUGAGCGCAAAAUCCUCUCCGAUGUCUCCACCCUGCGCAAGCAGCGCAAGAACUUCGCCGGCCUCGAGGAGGCCCAGAAGGCCAUCACCGACCUGAAGAACCAGAUCGCCGCCCUCAAGAAGAGCCUCGACAACCCCGAGGCCAAGGCUCUCAGCGACAAGUACAACGAGAUUCAGAAGGAGCUCGACGCCAUCAAGGCCGAGCAGGACAGCGCCUUCAAGAACCUGAACGCCCUGCGCGACGAGCGCACCAAGCUGCACGCCGAGCAGCAGAAGAAGUGGACCGCCAUCCGCGAGAUCAAGGACAACUACUACAAGGCCCGCAAGGCGUACAAGGAGUACGAGGACGAGGCCUGGCGGGUCCGCCGCGAGAAGCAGAAGGCCCAGCGCGAGGCCUUUGAGCGCGAGAAGCGCAAGAAGGUCGCCGACAAGAAGCUGGAGGAGGCCUCCCGCCCGGCCUACACCGACGAGAUCCUGAUCGGCCAGGGCCUGAUCCGCCACUUCAACCCUGCCUACGACUUCGCUGCUCUGGGUCUGGACGACAAGAAGGACGAGGGCUCCAACUUCCGCGCGGAGAUCGGCCGUACCGUUGAUGACUCCGGCCUGAAGGGCAUGAAGGUCCUGAAGAAGGAUGACGGCGAGGACUACUUCGUCGGCACCGGUGGCAAGAAGGGCAAGAAGGGCAAGAAGGGCGCCAACGGUAGCCCCGCCGCCGCCGCCCCGGCCGAGGCCAAGUUCAACCUGAACGUUGGUGUCAUCGAGGACUUCGCCAAGGUCAAGAUCGACCCUCCCAUGAACCAGGCGGAUGUUCCUGCCGUGAUUGAGAAGCUCGCGGCCAAGAUCACCGAGUGGAAGAAGAACCAGGCCUCGAAGACUGAGGAGAACAUCAAGAAGGCUCAGGAGGAAAUUGCCCGCCUGGAGGCCGAGGAGACCGCCGCUGCCAACGACGACCGGGCCACCGACGGCGCCAAGAAGGUAGCCAUCAAGAACAGCGGUGUCAACGGCAAGGUCUCUGCGGAUGCUGAGCUCAAGCAGGAGAAGGACGCUGUCGCCGACGUGACGGAAGAGCUCGAGCAGGCUACCGUCGAGGACCAGGCCUAG